AUGGCAACAAAACGUAAAAAUGUUUUAGUGACAAUGGAAAAGAAACUAGAAGCAUUGGGUAGAAUUGAUUAAGACGAAUUUUUAAAAACAAUUGCAGCAUCAUAUGGUGUCGGUACAUCUACAUUAUCGGAUUGGAAGGAAAAUAGAACUAAAAUCGAAGAAUUUUGUUUCAAAAUGAUAACAAACGACAGUUUGGACAAUCGGUGCAAAGCUAAUAAAGCUAAUAACGAGACUCUCGACGACGCUUUGUAUGUGUGGUUUUGUGCGUAACGCGAACGUGGUUUACCAGUGUCUGGACCAAUUAUUCAAAAAUCAGCACUCAAGCUGAAUAAAAUGUUGCCCGACUGUGAACCAAACUUCACUGCGAGUCAAGGUUGGCUGGAUAGAUGGAAAAAACGCCAUGGAAUACGCCAACUAUCUAGAUGCCGCUACAGCGCCCUAAAAGUGUAUUUUAAACUAUUUUCAAAAUUCGACUUAAAUAGAGAGUUUGGUUUCGUUUUGAUUCAGAGGUGUGCACGCAGCUCCACUGAGGAUGUCGAAAGACAGAAAUACCUGUCUGGAGAUUGGGCAUCGCCUCUAAACCGAAAGGUAACAUAA